AUGCGGGCAUCUAGGGUGCACUGUAGUGUGGUCUUGAGAGCUCGAUAUAUGGAAGAAGCUUCAUCCAACGGUGCGAGUUCGAUGCAAGCUAGCUUACACUACUCUACUUCCUCUCUCUCUCUCUCUCUCUCUCUCUUACGUUCCUUGCACUCUCUUCUUCUCUCAUUCCUUCUCUUUAAAAACCAACCACCACCCUCGCCUGCAAAUCCACCCAAAAAACCAGCCAACCUUCCAACAAUGGCACCUGAACCAAACUAUCCUUACCCCAUCAAAACAGUCGUAGUUUUAAUCCAGGAGAAUCGCUCCUUCGAUCAUAUGCUAGGAUGGAUGAAAUCCCUCAACCCAGAAAUCGAUGGAGUCACAGGUAACGAGUCCAACCCAUUAUCCACCUCCGAUCCUAACUCCAAUCGAAUCUACUUCCGUGACCAAUCACAGUACGUUGAUCCGGAUCCAGACCACUCCUACCAAGGAAUCUACGAGCAAGUGUUCGGCGUGGCAUGGUCAGAAGAGAAUUCCGGCCAAAAUCUGGAACCAACGAUGCAGGGUUUUGCUAUGCAGGCUGAGCAGACACUGACGGGAAUGUCGGAAACGGUGAUGAAUGGGUUCACACCGGAUUCCGUACCGGUUUUUAAAGAACUGGUUUCCGAGUUUGCGGUUUGUGAUCGGUGGUUUGCGUCUAACCCGGCGUCGACUCAGCCGAACCGGUUGUUCGUACACUCGGGGACUUCGCAUGGUUUGACUAGUAACGAUACCCAUAUUCUGAUCGAAGGGCUGCCGCAAAAGACGAUAUUUGAUUCGUUGGAUGAGGCUGGAUUCUCUUUUGGGAUAUAUUAUCAGUACCCGCCUGCAACUCUCUUCUACAGGAACCUUAGAAAAUUGAAAUACAUAGGAAAGUUCCAUCAAUUUGAUUUGACAUUCAAGAAUGCCUGCAAGGAGGGGAAAUUGCCAAACUAUGUUGUGGUUGAACAAAGAUACUUUGAUUCCAAAAUACUACCAGGGAAUGAUGAUCACCCUUCCCAUGAUGUUUCAGAAGGUCAAAAAUUCAUCAAAGAAGUUUAUGAGGCACUCAGAUCUAGUCCCCAAUGGAAUGAAAUCUUGUUCAUAAUCACAUAUGAUGAACAUGGUGGCUUCUAUGAUCAUGUCCCUACUCCUGUAACUGGAGUCCCAAGCCCAGAUGGUAUUGUUGGUCCUGCACCAUAUUACUUCAAAUUUGAUCGUCUUGGCGUUCGUCUCCCUGCAAUCUUCAUUUCUCCAUGGAUUGAGCCAGGAACUGUGAUGCAUGAGCCUUCAGGGCCUUAUCCAACAUCCCAAUUUGAGCAUUCUUCCAUUCCAGCAGCGGUGAAGAAGAUCUUUAAUCUCAAGGACUUCUUAACAAAGCGUGAUGAGUGGGCUGGAACCUUUGAGACUCUACUGACAAGGACUACUCCAAGAACAGAUUGCCCAGUAACACUGCCAGAACCAGUAAGAAUGAGAGAGGCUGAAGCAAAUGAAGACGCGAAACUAAAUGAUUUUCAACAGAUAUUGGUGCAAAUGGCUGCUUCAUUGAAUGGUGAUCAUAGGAAUAAGGAAAUUUUUCCAGACCAGUUAGUAGAGAACAUGACAGUUGGAGAAGCUAUUAAGUAUUGUGAAGAUGCCUUCAAGAAAUUUUUAGAAGCAAGUGAACGUGCCAGAAGUCUUGGAGCCGACGAGUCUGAGAUUGUUGAGUGUUCUACUUAUAUAUCCCUUCAACAACCCUCCAGGACCUUUGUGAACAACUUGUUUAGUUGUUUCAAUUGUUUCAACUGA